CUGGAACUGAAUAGUCCUGCAGGGCGCAAGCGCGGCUCGUGUUGAGUCUUAAUAUAUAGCCUUGUGCCACGCAUGGCUGUGCUGCAGUGCGACCUGCCUGCCAGCCUCGGGCGUCUGCUUGGAAAGCCUGGAUUCGGCGUAUCACAGACAUGACCAUGACAUGAUGAUGAGAUGUGCAGGUCAGCUAGGAUAUAUAAGCCGCCAAAGGGGUGACCAACAUUAUCGUCUUUGAUUUCAUCCUGCUCUACCGAUCUUCGCAGCAUCCUUCGCUCAAUUAGCUUUUCUGGAGCCGCACUGCCCGAUCCCAGCAAACCGCAGCAGCAUAGCUACAAUGGGCCUCUUUGGUAGCAGCACCCCCGCGAAGCCCCCGCCCACGCUGGAAAGCCUCGGCCGGCCCAUUGGAGUCAUCCCUACAUUCACGAAGCAUCAGCAGCAGAUGGCGCUCAAGGUACGAGAACGAAAGAUGUCCUUCUCCUCAGAUGACUAUUCUAUCAAGGAUGCCGGCACAGGCCAGAAAGUGUUCGAAGUGGACGGCAAGGCAUUCUCGCUGCACUCGAAGAAGGUGCUGAACGACGCCUACGGCCAGCCGGUGUUCAUGCUGAAGAAGGCGCUCAUGUCGCUUCACACGUCCUACGACGGUAUUGACGCGAACGGGCAGACGCUCUUCAACAUCAAAUCCAAAUUCGGGUUUGGCGCCAACCUCAAGGUCACGUUCAGGAACCUUGCGGGAGCAGGCGAGGAGAUGGAGCUGCACAUCAAAGGCGACUGGUUCGAUCGAAAGGCAUCCAUCACCACCGCCCAGGGCAUCCCCGUCGCGCACAUAUCAAGGAGCUUCAUGAACGCCGGGCAGCUGCUUUGGGACCAGCAGACUUACUUCGUCACAAUUGCGCCCGGCGUCGAUGCAGCGCUCAUGGUCGCUGCGUGUAUCUGCUUGGACGAGUCUGAAAACGAUAAGUGAAAGUACAGGACGGUUUACCUCGCCGGGUAGAUCUCGUAAGGCUUCUGAAGUAUCAUUGUUCUGUAGCCAAGAUACCAUUACGCGAAGAUGCAUUUCCAUCGCGAGUCGAAGUUGAAUUUAUUCGCUCCUAUGCAUACGAAUGUAUGUCCUUUCAGUUUUACUAAGAUCACAACACCUUAUGCCGACUUUUGAAUUAGGAUAACC